CGGAAGUAGAUGGGUCGUCGAGGUGUAAAUAAUUCCGAAAGCGAUAAAAUUCGCUUAAUUUCUGCAAAAAUAGGGUUCUUUGUUGUUUUCAAGACUUUAGACCAGACUUUUGUACAACUAACUUGGCAUGGACGUAACUUCACACCCUAUAAACGACUGUACCCCCCUCUUCCUCUUGCGACUGAUCAAAACAAUUAUAACAGACACGCAGAAGGUAUUGUAACUUUUCUGGGAUGGUGAAUGAUAAAAAUUGUUAUGUACGAACAAGUUCACACCAUGGCUUCUCACAUCAGAUACUCACCUCUUCCAACAGAUUCCUCUGACACAUCUCAUAUAAAGAAAGGGAAGUUUGCUUUUCCAAAGAUAUCAAGAUUGAAAGUAAUUGGUGUGUUGUUUAUUGUUUUGUUGUCUGUAGGCAUGGUAGCAAUAUCAUGUCUGCAUAAGGGGCAUUGUUUAAACAAUGCAGUGUGUAAUACAGUGAUACAAAACAACCUGUCAGAUUUUGGCCAGUUGAAAUCAGAACAUGUGAAAUUUCAUCAUAUGAAGAAACGACUACCUCAGUGUAUUAUCAUUGGAGCCCGUAAAGCAGGAACGCGUGCGUUGUUGACAUAUCUAAAUAUACAUCCAGAUAUAGUUGUGAAAGGUCCAGAAAUGCAUUUUUUUGAUGAUGAUGACUUUUAUCAUCAGUCACUGGAGUCAUACAGGAAACAGAUGCCUUUCUCAUACCGAGACCAAAUCACAGUGGAGAAGACACCAGCAUACUUCACUGAAGAAGAAGUGCCAGAAAGAAUAUAUCGUAUGAAUAAAACAAUCAAAUUAUUGUUACUGUUUAGAGAUCCUGCAGAGCGAACCCUUUCUGAUUAUGUACAAAUAGCAGAAGGGAAGAAAUCCAAAAAUAAGCCUGUUGCCUCAUUUGAGGAACAUGUUCUAGACUCGAAAGGUAACAUAAAUAGGAGUUAUAAGGCUGUGAAAAGAUCUAUUUAUCAUAAACAUCUAUCUCACUGGCUCGAGUUCUUUUCUUUAGACCAGAUAUUCAUCAUAGAGAGUCAGGACCUUGUUGACAAUCCAGCUGGAGUUAUGUAUGAAGUUGAAGAGUUUUUACAAGUUGAACACAAGAUAAAGCCAAGCAAUUUCUAUUUCAACAAGACAAAGGGAUUUUAUUGCAUAAAAACUGAUGAUGUACAAAAAUGCUUAGCUGAUAGCAAAGGAAGACAGCAUCCUGAUGUCGAUACAACAGUUCAAAGGAAACUAAGGAGAUUUUUUGCUCCACACAACAGGAAAUUGUACAAAAUGAUAGGAACAAAUUUUCACUGGCUUGAAGAAUGAAGUUUUCAAAGGAUCUGGUCCAAACUGAAGGAAAUGCAUCACUAUGGAGAAAACUUCAUCUGGAAUUUCAUAUACAGUGCAAGUUGAUGAGUUAUGACCUAUUCAGUGAUUACCAUUCCUUUAAGGGAGUGACAUCAAUAUGUUACCAGGUAUACUGGUACAAAACCACUGGUCUGAAUUUAUUGACUUUAUUUCAUCAAUAUUGCUUUUGGCCAUUUGUGUUCUGUUGUUAAACAGUUUGUCUUUGAGUUACAUUGACUUUUUGCAAGCUGAAUUAUUUUAUUGAAAUCUUUAUUAUUAAAUAUCUUUUUUUUUUUAAAAAUAUGUCUCACCAAUAAGGUUGUGAUUUUACUUUAGUUUUCCGUUUACAAUUUCUGACAAGAGAACCAGUAUUGUAUUACCUCAGAAAACUAAAAUUGUUCUUAGAUUGAGAACUUCAAUAAGAUUUAGAAGAGAUAUUAUAGACAAUUGUUCUUGAAUUUAAAACCAAUGCAGUUCAUAUCAUGAACUUCAAGUAAAGGCACACCCAAGAUGAUAAAAGUAUGUAUUUACAAUGCAUUGUUCUACUGAUCAUUUAGGGGAAAAGUUGCAUUAGGAAGAUAUAUAUAUAUAUAUAAAUAUA